AUGGCGCUCGGCGGCGCGGCGGCGCCACUCCGGAACGCCAAGAGCCACGCCGCUACAGCGGCCGCAUCACGGCAUUCGUCGUCCUCUCGUGCGUCGCCGCCGGCAUGGCCGGCGUCAUCUUCGGCUACGACAUCGGAGUCUCUGCGGUUCUUCCCGGAGGUGUACAGGCGGAUGAAGGGGGGCGGCGAGCGCGUCAGCAACUACUGCCGCUUCGACAGCCAGCUGCUCACCGCCUUCACCUCCUCGCUCUACGUCGCCGGCCUCGUCUCCACGUUCUUCGCCUCGUCGGUCACCGCACGGUGCGGCCGCCGCCCCUCCAUGAUCGUGGCCGGCGUCGCCAUUAUCGCCGGCGCCGCGAUCGGCGGAUCGGCCGUGCAUAUUUCCAUGUUGAUCCUCGGCCGCGUCCUGCUCGGCGUGGGCCUCGGCUUUGGCAAUCAGGCGGUUCCUCUCUACCUGUCGGAGAUGGCGCCGCCGUUGCGUCGAGGUGCGUUCAGCAACGGGUUCCAGCUCUGCGUUGGCCUCGGUUCCCUGGCCGCGCAGCUGGUCAACCUCGGCACGGAGAAGAUCAAGGGUGGGUGGGGCUGGAGAGUGUCGCUCGCCGUCGCGGCCGUCCCGGCCGUGUUCCUCGCCGUCGGCGCGGUCUUCCUCCCCGAGACGCCCAACAGCCUCGUCCAGCAAGGCAAGGACAGAGACGAAGUGCGAGACUUACUGAGGAAGAUCCGGGGCGGCGGCACGGACAGCAAAUGGGUUGAGGACGAGGUGGACGACAUGGUCGCGGCGGCCAGGUCAUCGUCGUCCAAGGUCACGGCGUGGCGAGGUCUUAAGAUGAUGGUCUCCAAACGGAGGUACCGGCCACAGCUGGUGAUGGCCGUGAUGAUACCCUUCUUCCAGCAGGUGACGGGGAUCAACGCCAUCGCGUUCUACGCGCCGGUGCUGCUGCGCACGGUCGGCAUGGGCGAGAGCGCGGCGCUGCUGGCGGUGGUCGCCAAGCAGACUGUCGGGGUCGGCGCGACGCUGGCGUCGAUGUUCGCCGUGGACCGGUUCGGCCGGCGGACGCUGUUCCUGGCCGGCGGCUCGCAGAUGCUGGUGUCGCAGGUCCUGAUCGGAGGCAUCAUGGCGUCCCAGCUCGGUGACGACGGUGAAGUAAGCAAGGCGUGCGCAGUGGCGCUCAUCACCCUCAUCGCCGUGUACCAGGCCGGGUUCGGGUGGUCGUGGGGCCCGCUGGGGUGGCUGGUGCCCAGCGAGAUCUUCCCGCUGGAGGUGAGGUCGGCCGGGCAGAGCAUCGCGGUGGCGGUGAACUUUCUGCUCACGACGGCCGUGGCACAGUCGUUCCUGGCCAUGCUGUGCCAUAUGAAGGCCGGCAUCUUCUUCUUCUUCGCGGCGUGGUUGGUGACUAUGACCGUCUUCGUUUACCUCUUCCUGCCGGAGACCAAGGGCCUGCCAAUCGAGCAGGUCGAGAGGCUGUGGGCGCACCACUGGUUCUGGAAGAGGUUCGUUGAUAGAGAGUAG